AUGGAGGAAAAGUUUGAAUCUUCAAGUUUUGGAUGGAACAAACUGAGGGGGGCGGAGAAAAGAAAAGACUUAUCACCAAACAGAAAGAAAAUGGUGGUGGUUUCAACUCUUUCGCCAAAUUCAGUGGCGUUUCAGCCAUCUUUUCUUAUCAUCAAACACCACCAACUCAGUGGGCGCCUUAAGGUAUGCUCCAACUCACAAAACAACACUUCUCGUUUCUACACAUUUAUUACGGAAAGAAAAUUAUCGUCAGUCCUUUGCAACUUAACGUUGCAGAACCUUAGUCCCAUAGAAGCCGAUGAUACCCGUCCUCAGGAAUCAGCUUCUAGACUCUUCUUCCUGAAGAAUCAAUCGGUACUCGAUAUAUCUUUGGCUAAUAAGAUGAUUAGAGAGUCUACGGCGAACGAAUUAUUCGAGGAUGCAAUUGUGGUUUAUCUUCAAAUCCUGAAUAACGGCCUCCCUGUAGAAGAAAUGUCCUGUUUUCCAUGUUUGAUUAAGGCUUUUGGUGAGCUUUUUGAUUUGAGAAAGGGGAGGCAAAUUCAUGGGUAUGUUUUAAAACUCGGAGCUUUGGUUGAUAUACACGUCGCCAAUUCACUUUUAGCCUUGUACUGGAAAUGUGGGGCGGCUGAAGAUGCACUUAAUCUGUUUGAGAAUAUACCGGACCGAGAUUUUGUCUCUUGGAAUACUAUGAUAUCUGGUUUCGAUCAGUCAUUGCAGCCAAAGCAGUCGCUAGAAAUGUUUCGCCGAAUGAUGCAGGAAUUUGGUGACAAACCUAGUAGAGUAGCUUGUCUUUCAGCUCUUUCCUCAUGCACUUCAUGUGGGUUUGUAAUCCACGGACAAGAAAUUCAUGCUUUUCUCAUUAAAAAUGGGUUGGAUCUUGAUCCUUCUCUGGUUAAUAGGUUGAUUGGCAUGUACACAAAAUGUGGGAACAUAAAAAAUGCCGAGCAUAUUUUUGAGAGCGUUAUCAGGAGGGAGUCACUGAAGGGAAAUGCUCUUCUUUGGAAUGUGAUGGUUCUCGGUUAUGUUUACAGUCGGUAUUCGCUAAAGGCAUUGAGGUUGUUUCACGAUAUAUUGAUACUGGGGAUAGAACCAGAUUCUUCAACAAUGGUGGCCAUUCUAGUAAUGUGUUCUCAACUAUCGGAUUCAAAAAUAGGAAGGCAAAUCCAUAGCUACAUUUUCAGAUUUGGACUGGCGGAUGACACAAGAGUUGAGACGGCACUGCUAGACAUGUACUGUAAAUGCGGUGAUAUUGAAGCUGGACUAAAAAUAUUCCAUAGAUCUGUCCAUCGAAAUUUUGUUAUUUGGGGUGCCAUGAUUGGCGGUUGUGUUCAAAAUGGUUAUCCAGAAAAGGCAUUGGAUUUGUUUGCCAAGUUCAGAUUAGAAGGUGGUUUAGCAGAUCCUGCUAUUGUUCUCUCUGUUCUCCGUGCAUGUUCAUCCCUGACUCUUAAGCGUGAAGGAUUGAAGAUCCAUGGGUUGGCAGUAAAAAUGGGAUACAAUUCCAAUGUUUUUGUUGGCAGUGCACUUACAGAUAUGUAUGCAAAGUGCUCAGAUCUCGAAUCUGCUCAAAAAAUACUGGUUAGAUUACCCACAAGGGAUGUGAUCUCAUGGAAUGCUUUAAUAUCUGGUUUUGUUCAGAAGGAUCGCACGGAUGAAGCCAUAAAGGCAUUUCGUGAUAUGCAAUAUGAAUGCAUCAGACCCAAUACUGUAACAAUUUCAUAUAUCCUAACAGUUUCUGCCCGUUUAUCAGUACUGAUCUUUUGCAAACAAAUCCAUUCAUAUCUUAUUAGAAACAGAAUUGACCAUAAUGUCCUCGUUAGCAAUUCCCUAAUAGCCACUUAUUCCAGGUGUGGAGACAUAACCAGUGCCUGGCAUAUAUUCAAGAAAAUGUCUGAAAGGAAUGAAAUAUCAUGGAAUUCAAUGAUAUCUGGCCUUGGGGUGCAUGGCCGGAUAGAUGACAUGCUUGCUUUGUUUGAUCAGAUGAAAGCAGCCGGUGUGAAGCCAGACCGUGCAACUUUUACAGCUAUUCUUUCUGCAUGUAGCCAUACUGGGAGAGUUAAUAAGGGGCAAGAACUUUUUAAGAACAUGGUUGAGGACUACAAUAUCAGGCCUGAACUUGAACAAUACACUUGCAUGGUAGAUCUACUCGGCCGAGCUGGACAUCUAGAACAGGCAUACAGUCUGAUCAUGGACAUGCCUUGCUGGCCUGAUGAUCGCAUUUGGGGGUCACUGCUUGCAUCUUGCAAGAUCCAUGGCAAUGAAGAGCUGGCUGAAGAAGUUGCUAAGCAUUUGUUUGCUCUCAACUCUAACAGUGUAGGAUACCACGUUCUUCUCUCUAAUAUAUAUGAAGGCUUUGGGAAGUUGGACAAUGUUACCAGUAUUAGAGCCAACAUGAAAGAUAUGGGACUUAAAAAGAGGCCUGGUUGUAGCUGGAUUGAAGUUAAUAAUAAAAUUCAUAUAUUUAUAGCCAAUGAUCAAUCACAUCAUCAAUCAGAAGAUAUAUAUGUUACACUUGGAAAUUUAACAGUAGAGAUUAAAAGAGCUGGAUACAUUCCUCAGGCACAACCACUAGGCAGUGGAUAUGAUGGAGUUAAUGAAGACAUUAUUUAA